UGAAGGACUAUGCAAUCGCUGCAUGACAUAUACAACAACUGUACUAGAUUUUGUUUAAUUCAAAAUACUGUAAAAGUCACCACUAUAUUUUAGAGUUUGCAUUUCUAUUGUUUGAUCAAUAUUUUUGGGAUGGUUAAUUUGAGUUUCUAUUGCAUGAAAGAUUAAUCAACAACCGAUUUUAAAUGGUAAGCCUCAAUCUAUUAAGAAAUUACUCAACUCCGUGGACAUGGCAAGCUUAUCAAUGGAUGGUGAUCAGGAAGAUGGGGCUCGUGAUUGCUAACAAUGAUUUGGUGGGUGAGGAGGAUCACCGAUUUUGCUUAGUUGGUCGUUUCCUUACAGAUAAAACGAUCAACUUUCAAGCAAUGAGGUAAACGAUAGCGUCAUUAUGGCGGCCUUUAAUGGGAAUGGAAGUACGUGAUGUUAAUGGUGUGGUGUUCAUAUUCCAACUUUUUCAUGAGGUUGAUGUUUAUAGGGUCUUUCAAAUGGCUCCUUGGACGUUUGACAAUCAAGUGCUGAUUCUGAAUCGUUUUGGAGAUGACGUUUCACCUUCGGAUGUUCCGUUGUUUCAUAUUCCUCUCUGGAUCUAAGUCAAGGGAUAGAAAACGGGAUUCCGAUCGGAGAAGAUAUUGAUUGGGAUUGGUAACUGUAUUAGUGAGUUUCUGGAGGCAGACCCAUCAAAUUUUGCAUCCUCUUGGGAAUCUUAUAUGCGUAUGCCAGUUAACUGGGAUGUUCGCAAACCAAUUCGUGGGGAAUUCAGGCUUCGUAAGGAAGAUGAUUACUUGAGUUUGAACCAGGUAAAGCGGUUCGUAAAUUUUUCUUCGGCUAUUCGAGCAGUUCCGAGAAAAGUGCAGCAGAAGAAUGUCGGAGAACGGUGGCUCCAUUCAUCGGUGGGAGUUGGAAUUUCGAAUAACCAUGCUAGAGAUGGUAACUCUGCGGAUAAUAGUGCGCAAAAUGGGGAGAAUUCAAAUCCGAAAUCGAAGCCUAAUGGAUUUGGCCAGUUACAGCUAUUUUCUAAUCCAUUAGCGGUCAAUGCCAAUUCAAAUCCACUACUUUUGCUAUUCCAACCAAGUCUGAUGUGGACAGUGAUGGGCUUGUAAUUGGGGAGCCCAAAAGACAGAGAACGGAUCAGGAUCAACCAUAUUUGGUGGCUCAUGUUUUUGCUGCGGAUUCGAGCAUGUCCAUUGAUCCAAGAAAGACUAAACCGGUGGGUUUUGGGGCCCAAAACUGCCGUAAGAAAUGAGUUGUAUUAGUUAGAAUUGCCGUGGGCUUGGCAACCCACAGGCAAUGCAGAACUUAAAAUUUAUUAUUUCUGAGAAGAGGCCUUUGUUUUUAUUUUUAAUUAAAACUUUAUAUUCUAUUUCAAAAAUAAAUGAAAUAGAAGUACUUUUGUAUUCUGAUGACUUUAUUUUUGUAGAUUUUGUGGAAUG